AUGCCUUAUCGUUUCGAACUCGCUUCUUCCAACCGUGCUGGUUGUCAGAACAAGGAGUGCAAGGAUGCCAAGGAAAAGAUCCCAAAGGGCACCCUCCGUGUAGGCACCUGGAUUGACAGUGAGAAAAUUCAGGCCUACAUGUGGCGCCACUGGGGCUGCACCACUCCUCGUGUUCUCGAGAACAUUAAGACGGGCUGGGAGGAGAUGUGCGAUGGGAAGCCCGAUUACUCCCUCCUGGAUGGUUACGAUGAGCUCUCUGAGGAAUGCCAGGAAAAGGUCCGCCGUGCCCUAGAGAAUGGUCACAUCGAUGAUGAUGACUGGAAAGGAGACAUCGAGAUGAACCGCCCUGGUGCCCGCCACUUCCGCGUUCCAGGCAAACGUGGCGCGAAGGGCGAUAAAAAUGAUGAGGCCACUGAAAGCCCAUCCAAGGCUGAUACUAAAGAAAAGCCCAAAAAAGCGCGUGCCACCAAGAAGGAUGCCGACACCACUGAAAGCCCUUUGAAGGCUGAUGCCGAGGAGGCGAAGCCCAAGAAGGCUCGUGCCACCAAGAAGGUUGCUCCUGCUACCACCGAAAGCCCUUCAAAGGCUGACGUGGAAGCUAAACCCGCUAAACGAGGUCGGAAGAAGGUCAUCCAAGAAGAUGUCAAUAAUGAAGAGAAAUCCGCCGAGGAGGGUGUAGAGCCAGCAGCUUCGGCGGUUGGUUCUGUUGAGACUGCCAAUGUCGACGGCAGCGCCGAUGCUGAGCCCAAGAAGCGUGGUCGCACCGUCAAGGGCACCAAGCGCAAGGCUGCCGAGAACGACGAGGAAGAAGCAACUGACGAAGUGCCCAAGCGUCGUGGCAGACCCUCCAAGGCCGCAAAGAGCCAGGACGAGCCGAAAGAAUUUGCCGCUCCAUCUCGCCCUAAGCGAGGUGCGCGCCGACAGUACGCAGAAGCUUCUGAUGAUGAUAACUAA